AAGAUUUAUCCACAAUUUCUCCGGGCCUUCAAAAAACUCAAAACCCUAUUUACGUCUGCGCCGAUCUUGGUCCACUUCUCUCCAGAUCGCCAGACUAUCGUGGAAACGGACGCAAGUGAUUUUGCUAUCGCCGCAAUUCUAUCCCAGGUUAUUGACGGAAAGACUCACCCUGUUGCCUUCUAUUCUCGAAAGCUUAACCCAGCGGAACUCAACUACGACGUCUGGGAUAAAGAGAUGCUAGGAAUUGUGUCAGCCUUCAAGCAAUGGCGUCACUACCUCGAAGGACCUAGCCGAACGGUCCUCGUCUAUACGGAUCACAAGAACUUGGAAUAUUUCUCAACAACCAAGGUUCUUAACCGACGACAGGCAAGGUGGGCUGAGUCUUUGGCGGAAUUUGACUUUAAGAUUAUUUACCGCCCGGGAACCAAAAAUGGGAAGGCAGAUGCACUAUCGCGACGGCCGGAGUACCGUCCUGAAGGGGGAGGCACGCUUGGGAAACAGCCAAUAGACAGGUUCUUCAAGCCCGGACAGUUGGCGGAAGAAGAGUUUGUGGUAUCAGCGGUGUCGCUUGCCUCUAAGGGGGUGAUUGACUGGUCUAAGAAUUUUCUGGAUCAUGUCAGGCAGGCGGCAUCGGGAGACCCGACAUGGGUAGGAUUGAAAGAGAGAGUUGAGCAGGGAGAGAAGCUAGGGGAAAUGAAGGAUAUCGCUGAGAAAGACGGGCUACUCUUCUAUAAGAACCGACUCUAUAUUCCGGCAGACGACCGCAUCAAGAUCCGAAUUGCACAGUCAGAACACGAUUCAAAGGUGGCAGGACACUUUGGACAAGACAAAACUUUGGAACUCAUCACGCGCAACUUCUAUUGGCCAAAAAUGAACGAGUGGAUUGAUGAUUACGUUCGGUCAUAUGACGAGUGCCAACGCAACAAACCCAGCCGCCACAAGAAAUACGGUGCGCUUCUACCAUUGUCCACGCCACAUUCUGUCUGGCAAUCGAUAUCAAUGGACUUCAUCGUGCAGUUACCGGAAUCAAAGGGAUACAACCAAAUCUGGGUAGUAGUCGAUAGGUUCUCGAAGAUGUCGCACUUCAUUCCCCUAGUAGCAGAAACGACCGCGCAGGAUUUAGCGAAGAUAUUCCUCGGUCAAAUCUGGCGACUCCAUGGGCUGCCUCUUGAUAUAGUUUCCGACAGAGACGCCAAGUUUACUUCAAGCUUUUGGGCAUCCCUUAUGGAAUUAUUGGACGUGAGGAUAAGAAUGAGUACGGCUUUCCACCCUCAGACCGAUGGGCAAACAGAGCGGGUCAACCAAACCCUCGAGCACUACUUACGAGCGUUCUGUAACUACGAGCAAGAUGAUUGGGCGGAGCUACUCCCGUUGGCGGAGUAUGCUUACAACAACUCGGGUACCACCGCCACGGGUCAAUCUCCGUUCUAUACCAAUUACGGUUACAACCCAAGAACCAACUGGCCGACGGAAGCCGAAGUGGUCAACCCAACCAGUGACCUGUACGCUCACUUCAUCCGAGGAGUUCAUGAUUCUGCUCUUGCUCGCUUAACAGACACCAGGGAGAAAAUGGGAAAAUAUUAUGAUCGGAAAAGGGACGAAUCGCCUAACUUCAAGGUGGGAGACAUGGUUAUGCUUAACGCGGCCAAUAUCAAGACACGCCGUUCGACUAAGAAACUCGAUCACAAGAAACUCGGCCCGUUUAAAAUCAUCCGACUAGCCGGAAAACGAGCCUGCGAACUGGAACUGCCACCACAAGUCAAAAUCCAUAAUGUGUUCCAUAUUGAACUAUUGGAACAUUACCGACAGAGCAGUAUCCCAGGCCGCGAACAACGUCCCCCGACUCCCGAAGAUGUUGAUAAUGAAGGAGAGGUACUGUAUGAAGUGGAAAGUAUUGUGGGAAGCCGGAAGAGCAGAAGAGGAUUAGUGGAAUAUUUGGUGAAAUGGCGGGGCUAUUCGAUGAGUGACUGCACGUACCAAGUCAUGGACGUUAUGAAUGAGGAGGUACUUGAUUUAGUCCGCGACUUUCAUCGAAGAAACCCCAAGGCCGUGAAGGACCAACGCCUGAGACUAUAA